AUGGUACUAUGCCUCCCUCUAAAACAGUACUUCAUCCACACCGAACCCACCCCCAAACCCCGAACCUUUAUCCACCUCAUUCGACACGGCGAAGCCUACCACAAUCUCGGCCACACCCACGGAAAAAUCAAUCCCAAAUCCUACGACAUCCCAGAUCCCUCUCUUACCUAUACCGGCAUCGAACAAGCCAAAUCUACUCGAGAGGAGAUGAGAAAACGAUGCCCCGUCCCCAAUCUCGUGCUCACAUCCCCUCUCAUUCGCACGCUCGAGACUACACUGCAUAUUUUCCCUUUCGACAAGAACGCAAGUAUCUAUCCACAACCUCAAAUCGUCGCCUACGAUGAUUUAAGAGAAAGUGGAGCAUAUUUGUGUAAUGUUCGACAAAGAACUCUUGAUUUGAUCAAUAAUCAUGAACACAAAGGGGUAGAUUUUACAGCUCUGUCACCUGUUAUUCCACCGAUGAAAAGUGUCAUUCGUACGAGACAACGUGCGGAACUCGUUCGUAAGCAAAUCCUGGUCAUUUCGAAACUUAUCAGAAAAGGAGGUGGGCUUUGGAAGGGGAUUUAUAUACAAGGUGCUGCACAAAAUAGUGGCUCGCGUAUGCAGAUGAAACAGGAUAUACAUAUUGUGCUGGUUUCUCACGGGUCUUUCAUGGAGUAUUUGCUACCGCUUUCUCACACAAUCCAGCCCGUUUGGCGAAGAUUCAAGCCAGCGGAGAUGAGAACAUACGUAAGAAAUGAAGAUGGUCAUUUGGAAGAGAUAGUAGAGUCUAAAAGAGCGAGAAGUACUACUAUUUUGCGAAAGGUUAGCUUGAUUCUCACCAGCGCUUCCGAAUGA